UUCAUGCAUAUUUCUCACUCUGUUUUCCACUUUUUCUCUCCCCAAAUCUUUCUCCUUCUCGGAAAUCUACGCACCUUCUGGUAAGAAGACAGCAACAAAAUAGAUGGGACAAACUACAAAAACAGACAGUCCAGCGUGCCAACCAUGAUAAAAAGGCUUAAGAUAUGAUCCAGCAGUCUCCGGUUGAGUGCUGGUCAUUCUGAAAUGAUACUCCAUUACGAUGAUGUUUCUACAGAUUGUACCAUCAGGUGUGGAUACCUAGCUGUGGUAGUGCCAGUGUGGUGUAAUGCAGCGGCAAAAACGGUGUCACUGAGUUCAUGGACAUAAACCAAGCCACUGCCAGACCAGUCUGCUCCUCUCAGGAAUAGCAAUGGAGGAGUCUGGUAUUUUAGAUCAAAUCAGGAAAUACCAAAGGAGUGGAUGUCAGUUAAUCACAACCACACACACAUGAAGAGCAGAAUCCCUGACUCAUCAUCAGAGCAGAACUGGGCCAAACAGGACUCCCUAAAAACUUGGUAUUUCACCUGGAUGGGUGUGGUUUUGCAGGACAUAGCAGUGCACACGCUUCUGCGAGCUCCGUGACCGUCUCAGCCCGUGCUCGUAGUGCACGUUCAUUGGUUUUCCAUGAUGGACGGUGAGUUACGCUAGUUUUGUACAAAUAAUAUAGGUUACUACAUUUAAUUUGCACUAUCCAGUCAUGCUAACAUAAGAAUGUCAUAACAUGUACCAGUUAUUUGUGCAGAUGUUUGUCAUAUAUGAACAUAUACAUAAUAUUCUGUUAAAGUAUUAAUUUGUAUAUUUGGUCUCAAGUGUGUACAUGGAAAUAAUUCUGGUGGGUGCCUUGUCAGGCCAUCCGGCCUGAGCAUCUUUAUGUAAGAUAGGGCCCUCAGUUACUUUUAUUGACAUGUUUUGACAAAUACUAAAAAUCCAAAUUAUGAGACCCAAGGAGUUGCAACAUGCACUGCCUCUGGUGAUUGCACCAAUUGAAAUGUGGAUUGGUGAGGAGUUCCCAGACUUUUCCAUGCUAAGGACUCUCAAAUAGAAAGAACAGAAACCCUUUGGUGAGGAACUCUAUGCUAUGUCCAGAGGAGGUAUCCUACUGCUGGCAAUAGAAGUAGGUGCUUACUUUCACUUGUGACAGAUGGAGGGAGGAGGAAAAGGGACCCACAAUAACAUCUCUCUGCUGUGCUCCUGGAGCUGCAAUGAAGUCUGCAACUUAAGUGUACAGAUAGUGGCUGCACCUGCCAAUGGUCACACUCCCUACAGUAUUCACACCACCAGCAACUACUACUACUACAGCAUGGUGAUCAACUGUACAAUGAUAGAUGAUGUGCUGGAGAUGUACUACCUGUCACCAUUUUAUGGUAUAGAGUUCUGCAUUGGUUUCCUUGGCAACCUUUUGGUUGUACUUGGAUACAUAUUUUGCUUGACGGAGUGGCAAAGCUGCAAUAUUUAUCUCUUCAACCUGGCAGUGUCCGACCUUAUUUUCAUCUGCACGCUGCCACGCCUCUCCUACCUCUAUGCGAAUAAACAUUUAGAAACCAGUCCCUUUGCCUGCAUUAUCAACCGCUAUGUUCUCCAUGUCAAUCUCUACUCUUCCAUACUCUUCAUGGUCUGGCUUAGCAUGGACCGCUACCUGCUCAUAAAAUAUCCAGCACGGAACCACUUCCUGCUAAGGCCAAAAUCAGCGCGGAUCGUGACCGGGCUGAGCUGGCUAGCUGUCAACGUGGAAGUGACUCCAAUGAUAGUACUGAUGUUCCAGGACCUGCAGAUUGAAAACUAUAGUCUAUGCAAAGAUUUUGCUAGCCUAGAAGGGGAUGUCGAUAUAUUAGGUUACAGCCUAGGGCUAACCUUGACUGGUUACAUUCUCCCACUGCUUGGACUUUGUGUUUUCUCCUACCAGAUUGCACAUUUGCUCCGUGCCCAGGACAACACUCUACAGCGCAGGACAACUUCGUUCAAGAGGCCUCUAAGGGUUGUUACAUCAGCAGCAGUAAUGUUUCUGGUUCUCUACACUCCAUACCAUGUGAUGAGAAAUGUCAGAAUUGCAUCUCGGCAGACUGGGAAAGAGCAGCGUCUGUGUACAAAGAUGUACAUAGAGGGCUUGUAUAUCUUGACCCGACCGUUGGCCUUCUUGCACAGUGUCAUCAACCCUGUCUUCUACUUCUUCAUGGGUGACAAGUUCAGAGAACUCCUGAUCACUAAUCUCAGAAAGUUUGUCAGAAACAUAGAGCAGCGUAGAGAAUCAGCCUGAGAAAACUCAACACAAAAUCCUUCUGUAUGUACAGAAAUACAACAUGUGUGGAAAUAGUACAUCCACACAUGUGAGUCAGCUCUAUCUUUACAUACUGUGUUUUGUUAAAGUUAUGUUUUUCUUUAUUUCUAUUGUGUCUGUCUGAUGAUAUUAUAUUAAUGAUUUACAAUUAAACAAUUCAGUCUACUAUUAUUAUCAUUGCAUAUCUUUGGUCUUAGCAGACUAUGUUUGUCAUGCCUAUUUUGGUGUUAUAGUGACUGUAUCCACACAUAUUACAAGAUAGUAAGUCAUGAAAACAUGUCGGGAUAUUCAUAAAGUGGAGCUGGGGCACAGUUAUGACACAGUUAAUAACUUAAUACAUUUGAAGGCCAGAGUUUGUUGCUAUUUUUAUAUUAAUGCUCUGUAAGCAUGCAUAUAAUGAAUGUGCUGAUGGGUUGCUGUUUGUGUUUGCAUCUGUAUUUGUUGAGAAAGCAUAAUUAUUUAUAUUUGUUUUCACAUGAAACUGGAGGUGCAUGUUUUGCCAAUGUACUUCUAUUUUUGGGAUGUUUGUGCAUUAAAGUCAAUUUUGGAU